AUGUCAAGAUACACCCCAGCCCCGUCCAUCGCCACGCCCAGCGUGAGCGAGGUGACGCUCAACGAUGACUGGCAGCAGGUUGAUUAUUCUAAUGGCCUUCCACUGCGACAACGAUCGUCACUACCGGCAGACAGUAUCAGCGUCAAGCUCACUCCUCUGCGGAGUGAAGAAGGCCUGCUGGUGUCGAUCAAGCCACCUCAACUCCCUUCCAAUGGACUCAAUCGAGCUCACUGUGAUAUCGUGCUGGUCAUUGAUGUGUCCGGCAGUAUGGCCUCACCGGCUCCCUUGCCUGACGUGACAGACCAGAGCGAGAAGGAGUCUGGAGGUCUUAGUAUCCUCGAUCUCACCAAGCAUGCCGCCAGGACCAUCCUCGAGACUAUGAAAGAUGGAGAUCGGUUGGGAAUUGUGACCUUUUCGAAUGAUGCCACGAUCAUCCAAGAAUUGACCCCAAUGACCGCGGACGCAAAGAAAGAAACCUGGACCCGUGUGGAGGCCCUCCGCGACGAAGGCUGCACCAACCUAUGGGCUGGUAUCAAGACUGGACUACACCUUUUCCAGAACGCCAAAGCCAACGACAACGUUCAAGGACUCUACGUGCUCACAGAUGGACAGCCCAACCACAUGUGUCCACAGAAAGGCUAUGUCAACACUCUUAGACCGAUGCUUGAGAAGACGGCACAUGACUCGCAAGGUGCUUGUAAUCCGACGAUCCAUACCUUCGGCUUUGGAUACAGCAUUCGCUCGGACCUCAUGUCUUCGAUUGCAGAGGUGGGCGAUGGCAGUUAUGCCUUUAUUCCUGAUGCAGGCAUGAUCGGGACGGUCUUUGUACAUGCUGUUGCCAACUUGUUCAGCACCUUUGGACUCUCCACCACGGUUGAGUUGAAGACGCUCGGCAGCAGAUCAACGAAGCCUCUGGCCAUGACUGUGCCGGCCAGUAUACCUACCCAGGCCAGCAACAAUGGUGGCCUUGUCCUCAAAUUGGGGAAUAUUCAAUACGGUCAAUCCCGUGACGUUUGGGUCGAAUGUCCCAAAUCUACCAAAGACACCGUCGUCAGUGCCGUACUGAACUAUAGGCUCCCCAACGGCAUCUCUCAGGGUUACCAAGCACAAGUCCAUUUCUCCGAGGCGGUCGCUCUACCCCAGGAGGAAAUCGAGUAUCAGAGAUAUCGGGCCGAAAUUUGUGCAUUCCUAUCGUCACUUUUCCCGCUCAAGAGCAAUGGGGAGCACAGUACAGUGACUGGGUCGGGCAAAGUACAAGAAGCUCAGAAGAGUCUUGAUACGCUGGUCGCUCGCAUCAACGCAUGCCCAGCAAAGGGAGAGGGGGUCGAAGCUCUGAUUGCCGAUCUCGCAGGAGAAGAUCCUGCUGGUCAGAUCUCGAAGGCGUUGACUUCAACUGGACAACAACAAUUCUGGACCAAAUGGGGAUGUCACUACUUACCGAGUCUGCUACAUGCGCAUCAACGACAAAUGUGCAAUACCUUUAAAGAUCCCGGCCCACUGAUGUACGGCAAAAAUAGCCCGCUGUUUAUCCAGUGCAGAGAUGAGCUGGACGCAGCGUUCGACAGUCUUCCAGCACCGAAGCCUAGUCUGCCACCACCAAUGGUAGCCUCCUACGACACAAAUGGUCGGGUGAGCUACAAAAAGGGCAAGCACGCGAUUAUCUCCAUGAGGAGAUACAACUCUUCCAGCAACCCUUGCUUCGAGGGUAAUUGCAAGGUGACCAUGGCAGAUAAGUUCGAAGUCCUGGUCAAGAAACUAGUACCCGGAAUGCUCGUUUGGACGCCGACUGGAGGACGACAGGUCCUCGCGGUCCUGAAGACCAACAUUCGCGAGAAUAACCAGCGACUCUGCCAGAUCGGCAAUCUCCUGGUCACUCCCUGGCAUCCGAUCAAGCAUGAGGGAGAGUGGAAGUUCCCAGCACAAGUGGCAGAACGCACUGUCCCAUCUAAGGGCAGCGUGUAUUCUGUGCUGCUGGCUCCGUCGAGAGUUCCAGAUGCUCAUGCCAUCGAGGUUGGCGGGCAAGUCUGCGUGACGCUCGGACAUGGCAUCUCGCAGUCUGCCGAUGAUGGUGAUGUGCGAGCACAUGCGUUCUUUGGCAACUACCGUCUUGUGGCCAUGAGUCUGGCUCGACUCCGUGCUGACAAGAAUGGACAUCUUCAAUGUGUUGGAUUACAGCGAGAUGGUAAGACUGGCCUUGCUUGUGGAUUUACUCGUCCUGCUAUGGCACUCAGCAACAAGACCUUGCCGGCGAAGUUGCUGAGGGUCCAUCAAAGAGAAACAGGGAUGAGAGUGGCUUGUUUGGCGUGA